AUGAGAUUACUUGACAGUUUAUUUGACAUAUUCAGUUCCUUUGUUGUGUGUUGUAUACCGAACCCAAAUAUCAGUAUCAAUGGAAGAGCAUAUCGUAUUAUCAAGCUAUUAGGAGAAGGUGGUUUCUCUUUUGUUUAUCUUGCACAGGAUGGUUCCGGUAACCUUUAUGCUUUAAAAAAGAUACGAUGUACACUAGGCACAGAAGAAGCAGAACUAGCACAACGUGAAGUGGAUGCAUAUCAGAUGUUUUCACAUAAAAAUAUAAUUAAAAUGCUAGACUCUAGUACAAUAACUGAACAUGACGGAAGCAAAACGAUUUAUAUCUUUUUACCUUAUUAUAGGAGAGGAAACUUGCAAGAUGCAAUCAACAAGAACAACAUGAACAAUACACACUUUGAAGAGAUAGAAAUGUUUAGAUUAUUUCGAGAGAUAUGCGUUGGUGUACGUGUCAUGCAUACGUUCCGAGGCCAAUCUGCUGCUAGAAUUCAAUAUGAACCAACGCAUGCUAUGACUCAUGAAGAAGAAAGCAGGCAGGACCAAGCUUUGUUGGGUGGAAGCCAUCAAGAACAAUCCACUGGCGGUAUUGCAGCGGAAGGAAAAGGGGAAGUUGUGCCUUGGGCUCACCGAGACAUUAAGCCAGGAAACGUCUUGAUCGCAGAUGAUGGGCAAACUGCGGUACUAAUGGACUUUGGCUCAGCAUGUCAAGCACGAAUUCAUAUUGAGAAUAGACAAGAAGCGCUGGCACAACAGGAUCUUGCUGCUGAACACUGUACAAUGCCAUACAGAGCACCGGAGUUAUUUGACGUCAAGACAGGAACCACACUUGAUGAAAAGGUCGAUAUAUGGUCAUUGGGCUGCACUCUCUAUGCCAUGGCAUAUGGGCAGUCUCCCUUUGAGAUGAAUACUGAUCAAGGAGGCUCUGUUGCACUCGCCGUUUUGAAUAAUCAAUACAAGUUUCCAGAGAACAAUGUAUAUUCACAGAAUGUUAAAGACCUUAUUCAGUGGAUGUUGACAACAGACCCAUCAAGCCGUCCUGAUAUUCAUCAGGUAUUGAGCAAACUAGAUGAAGUACUCAAUACACAGCAAUAA